AUGGCUCAUGUCAAUCUCGAAAGCCAGAUCCGUCUUGCCCGUGAAAAUGGGAAGCUUUCCGCUCUCGUUACGUUGGACGUCGCCAAGGCCUACGAUAGCGUGGAGCACAGUGUCCUCCUGCAAAGAAUGACUUCCUUAAAUAUCCCACCGUACAUCCUCUCGUGGGUCGCGUAUUUCCUCACCGGUAGAUCGUUUUACUGCUGUGAUGGCCGCUUCACUUCAUCGCCGCAUGUGCAGCUUCGGGGAGUGCCCCAAGGAUCUGUCUUGUCACCCCUGCUCUUCAACAUCCUUAUGAGCUCUCUGCCCCUGGACCAGGACAUCCUCACAAUCACCUAUGCCGCCGACAUAGCAUUCUUCGCCUCAUCGCCCUCAUUGCACUCGUUGUACGAGAAGUUGCUAGCGUACCUUGUCACCCUGUCUGCCUGGAUGCGAUCCGUUCACCUCUCGCUGAACGUGCAGAAGUCUGCCGUGCUCCUCUUUCCCCAUUCCGGACGCUCAACGGGCGUCAUGACUCUCGAUCUGAAGGUCUCGUCGGAGUCCAUCCGCCAGGCAAACACACUCAAGUACCUCGGUGUGUGGUACGUCAGCGAGCAUGACUGGUCCCACAACCUUGAAGCCCUGAGCCAAAAAGCUGCGAAGGCCUUCAGCAUCAUUAAUCGUUGCUCCGGCGCCCGCAUCGGGAUGCGUAGGAAAGCUUUACUGUUCCUGUAUCAGUGUUACGUACGCCCGAUACUGGAGUUUGGCUGCGUCCUCUUUUCCCAUCUUCCAGACUACCGCUUGGCUAGACUCUUCACCAUCGAGAAGCGGAUGCUACGCCUUUGCCUGGGUCUCCCUAAGUAUGCUUCGAACCUGGCGCUGUACUCAGAAGCUCAAGCUCCUCCUUUAAAGUCGCGCUUUCGCCUGCUCACAGUCAAUACCUUCCUUUCUCUAUGCCAAAGCCCCCUCUCUCUCAGACACACCGCUGCUCUCAGGGACAUGCCUCAGUGGCUGGCUAGGCUGUGGCGCAAGGCAAACACCCCGCAGCUAGUGUUCACUCAGCGCUUACUGGCGCCGUUAGGGGUAUCGCUGACUGAUCUCUCCUCACAUGGAUCUCCCCGGCCGAGCCCUUUGGUGCUGUCCGCUGACCCUUUCCAACCUGGCAUCACCUCCGCCAAUCCGGACAGGUUGGAAGCCAUCCUCUCCGGCCAUAUCAACCGUUUUCCUCACCACCUAGCGGUUGCAACCGAUGCGUCCGUUUCGGAGGAGCGGGCGGGCGUAGGCAUAGUCUGCCCUCGUUUUGACGCGCAUUUCCCUGUCCGCCUGCCUGACUACACUCCAGCCUUCGAAAGUGAGUUUCUCGCCAUUACCCUUGCGGUUAGGAUGGUCCCGGGGCCCUUCUGCAAAGUCCUAGCCCUGUCGGACUGUCUGUCCGUUAUCUCUUCUCUCUCUAACCCGACAAGCCCGCUACAGCAGCUCUUGGCCUCCCUUGCUCCGCCUCACGUCUCAGAGAUUGUGCUCACCUGGAUACCGGGGCACCGUGGUCUCUCGCUCAACGAGGCGGCAGACAGCCUAGCCAAGGCGGCACUCUUUGGCCCGAUCAUCAAUGUUCUCCCCCCUCUGGCUGACGUUACUAAAGACAGGUAUCGGAGGUUCCUGCAGCUCACUGGGUCCCGCCUUGUUCCCCUCAGAUACGCCCACCUCUCCUACUCAUGGCAGCCUCACUGCUGCGCUUCUCGCCACGUCGAGGUGCUCCUUACACGUCUCCCCGAUGCCUCGCCCUCCCUCUUGACUUUUAUCUACACCGAGCUGGAGUCUCCAAUUCUCCCGCGUGCUUGCACUGUGGUCAGGACGAGACUGGGGAGCACUUCCUUCUCCACUGCCACCGCUUCGAGCGCCUUCGUCAAGAAUACCUGGCUCGCCCUCUGGCCAGAGCCGGCGCCCCCCUCUGCCUGCAGUCCAUCCUAUCAUUUGGGGCUUCUCACCUGGGGAGGUGGAGCUGGACCGUAG